UUUUAUCAUGAUCUAGAUCAAUUGAUUCCUAAAUUGGAAAAUGCAGCUUCUGUAAAAUGUAUUUUUUAAAUCCAUUUCAAUCCAACCUUGCCUAAAUUAAAAGGCUUUUGGCCGGAUAAGUAAUAGUACCUUUUUAGAAAUGUUUCUACCUUAACAAGCUAUUUUUUUCUUUUUUUGAGAUUUCUAGGCCCUUACAUAGUAUUUGGAAAUGCCUUCUAACAAGGUUGCGUCAAUAUUUACGGACUGUCAAGUUCUUCCUUGCAUGUGAUAGCGAAUUGAUUAAAUAAAAAUUGAUAAAUGUUGUUAAAACUGGAGCUUUCAGCGAUGUGCUGAUUGCCAAAUUUGAUGCUGUUGGUUUUAGACGCAAAAGGAAAGCACGAAAAUGAUAUAUUCCGAUUUGAGAAACUACGCGGCAAAAUUGAAAGUGAAGGGAAUUUCUGCUUGCUAAAUAUCUUGUCAAUAAUCGAAAAUUAGUUUGAUGGAAAUGAGUUUUAUUCGAAAAAAAUUAAUGUUAAAUUUCCUUUGUAUUUGUUAAGAUCGAAAACUUACAGAGAAAUGAUCUUUCAUAGCUCUUUCUUUCAUAUUUUACGCCUCAACAGCAAUUCAGAACUGCUUGACCACGUCCUCUGCCUCCAUUUUGGUUUUGCUUCCUCUCUUGAUGAUUUCAUUUCCUUUGCAGAGUAGCCUAUUUCCGCAAAAAUCUUUUACAAAAUAAAUACACCUGCCCACAGUUGUCACACGAUUGGGUGCAAAAAUAAAAAAUCGAGACUGAAAGAGCUUGUGAGAGGUAUACGGUUUUAUUUUCCACCCUAUACAGAAGAUAUAACCGUUCAUGUUCAGAAGAGACUCGAUUUUAUACUUAUUAUGUUUCAAGCAAGUUUGCUCUUUUUAUUGUAAGCGAGAGCGCGCCAAUUUUAUCGGAGGUAGCUUGUCGUUGUUGUAAAUUUGCCAACUCUUGAAGCGGGAUUUACAGUUACCACGUCUUCAAAGCUGAGAAAAUAAGGGUGCACGAUGUCUGUGAACUUCUCGCCGGCUUUCUGGUUCUCUUGCGUGACUUUUGUUCUGUCAAUCACGAUGAAGGAUAACAUUGUAACACCACUUCUCUAUGUCCACAACAUGUUCACCAAGAAUAUCGCCAUAGAGAAACACACAAUUCACUCUGUAAAUGACUCCGACCCUUGGGUGUGUUUCCGUCACUGCGCGAAAGAUUGUGAUUGCGUGACAUUUCAAGUAACACAAAAUACGUGUGAACUGUUGGAUACGAACCAGCAUGGCGCGGCCGAAGACCUGGUUAAUAGACAAGGAACUCUUAUAUUCAGCAUGCAACAGUCAGUUCUUAAGGGAGCUCACAGCUGUUUAAAUGGUUGCUGUAAAUCAAAACCUUGCCUUCAUGGCGGCACAUGCAUGGAAAAAUGUGAUGACGUCAGAGAACGGUACGCCUGCGCAUGCCCAAAUCACUACCAGGGAAAGCGAUGCGAGAUAUUUCACCCAGAAGUAAGCUCGUGCCAAGCUUACAUAAAGUUGAAACCAGGAUCUCUCUCGGGUGUUUAUGGCCUUAAUGACACUAUUCAGACUUAUUGUGACUUUGAUUCUGAAGCUGGAAAAGCCUGGACUCUGAUUGAAUCGUUCUCUCUGGCAAACAAGGCACUUUAUCGAAAUCAACCAUUUUAUUACAACUUUACCCAAAACGAGAGAAAUUUUAACUGGAGCAACUUUCGAUUGUCUAACCAAACUAUGGUUAACAUCCGGGACAACUCGACGCACUGGCGCGUGACAUGCGACUUCCCAUCAGGCCUCAAUUUCACUGACUACGCACGCGCGUCUCUUCUAGACACAGAUAUUCUCACAUUUGUCAAUCAAGACCAAUGCAGGAGAUACGAGUUCAUAUCAGUCCGUGGAAUAAGCUGCUCCAAUUGCACGGGAAUGCUGGUUCAAAGAGAUAACCAGCAUAUGCACACAGACUCAUACUGGAGCGGACUAAACCGCUGUCAAUGGAAUCCGGGGUCUGGUGCAGUAACGAACGAAGAUAAUUUUGGUUUUUAUAACGUUAUCAACCCGCAGCACAAGUGCACGGAGAAACCUCAUUCUACCACACAGUGGUGGCUUGGAUCAGAAAUCUAAAACUGUUCAGCUGAAGAUCUGUACUGUUUAAUUCAAGAAAGAUCAGCUUCUUUCGAUCUUCGGCUUAUCGCUGUAACGAUAUAUAUCACCUUAGGGGUUAGGGUAGGGGUUUCUUAGCAACAAAGUCUUAUGAAAACAUCCUUUAAGCUUGCUAGCUAGCCUAGAUGGUGCAUACGAGGCUUUUAACUUAGAAAUUGGUAAAAGGGCAAAGGCCUGGGAAAAAAGUUGUGCAUUCACAAAAUGAAAGGACAAAAACUAUGGGAUAAUACUCGAUUGAAAAACUCUCCAUGAAGUUUAAAAGGAGACUCUGAUCUUGAACAGUCUAAAACUUGAAACUGGGGAUCAGUUUACUUGACAUUUUUCCUAAGAUUUUAGUUGGUGCCUGUCGAGUCUCCUCCUCAGCUUGUUUCUGUUGACUAAUCGUUUGGAGAAGUUUUGCUUGUUCUCCCAACAGCUCAUAUAUUCCUUUGAUUCUGCAAGGUGAACCGCAAAAAAGGUUAUUAUUUAGCCUGCUGCUGUUAGGUUUUAUUUAAAUCUAUCUUUUAUUCACCUAAGCCCUAUUGCCAACCAUUUUUCCCGUCCAGAUAUAUGUCAGUCUUCUCUUCUCGAAUAGUUUUAAGUUGUUCUGAGUAACUUUAAUCUAGCUGUCU